AUGCGUUCAAAAACCUCAGAACGUGGAUCUAUAAAUAAUGCAUCACAAGUUAAUUGUCCACAUAUUAAUAGAAUUACAAAAAAAGGUUCACCAGUAUUUAAAAUCGAAACUUCCUCAUUUAAGAAGCAUGUGGCUAAUGCUUCCCUUCGCUGUGAUACCUGCGAGUCUCGAAUACCCAAACUAUGGGUUUGUUUACACAACCGGUGUCGUGCAGUUGUUUGUUGUAGUAAUUCGAAAUAUCAUAUGCGCAAUCAUUUCGAAAUUUUACAUAAAGAAAAUCGUGAUGACGCAUGUCAUUCAGUUUAUGUUAAUCCGCGUACACUUACAAUAUGGUGUAUUGCUUGUAGUUCCGAGCUGAAUCCAUUCGAAGAUAAUAAUUUAAAUUCGGAAGCACGUAUUUAUUUAAAAACUGUCAUAAGAUGCCUGCAAGGGAAACGAAACAAGUCACAACAAGCGGUGGAUCAAUCAACAAUAGAUGUCCCAGGUCUCGUCGGUUUGAAGAAUUUGGGAAUUACUUGUUAUGCAAGCGCAGCCCUACAAUGUUUAUCCAAUACGCCUGCAUUAACAAAUUUUUUUAAUUAUUGUGAUGCAUAUAUACCACAUCUUCCACACAACUUUGAACAUCCUCAUUAUAAAUUAGCAGAAACUUUUAACAAUUUUAUGAAAGCAAUGUGGAGUGGUAAAAGCGCAAUUUUCUCGCCAAUUCAAUUGAUAAACGAAAUAAAAAAACACAAUUUAGUAUUUCAAGAACGUGGGCAACAAGAUUCUGUGGAAUUUUUUCGAUGUGUCUUAGAUAGGCUUCAUGAAGAACUUCCAUACCCGCAAUCUAUGUCCGUUAAAUUAUCUAAUGAAGAAAUCUUUUGUGCAUAUAUGAAUCCGUUAAAAUCAGCAAGUUUUAAUUCAGAUAAUAUGGAUGAUAGUAGUUAUGUAUGUGGAACUACCUCGGCUUUAUCAACGGCAACGAGUACUUCUACAGGCACAAUUCAAAAACGUCAAUUUACGCAUACAAGCGUAAUCAGUAACAUUUUCCAGGGACUUCUUGAAAGUCGAAUCAAAUGUUUGCAUUGUAAAAAGAAUUAUUUGAAAGAAGAUCAUUUUUACGAUUUAUCGAUUCAAAUUGACAAAAAAUUCAAAUUAAGAUCACCAGAAAAAAAUGCAGAGUCUACAUCUAGUUCAGUUAUGGGCUCUCUAGUAGGAUUAUUUGGAAUGAAUAACAGAGCUGUUAGGCUUCAAGAUUGCCUAUCUUCGUUUUGCGCAACUGAGAAGUUGACUGGCGUGGAUAGAUAUGAAUGUGAUAAAUGCAAAUCUUUAACGGACUGUCAAAAAACAUUGAGGAUUACGCAGUUGCCAGAGACUUUGUGUAUACAACUCAAGAGAUAUCGAUUCGAUUCUUAUUCUUAUUUUUCAUCAAAAAUCGCAACACAUGUUCAAUUUCCGAUGGAAGAUUUGGACAUGAAGCCAUAUUCUAGCGAAAAAAGAAAUUCUGAUCUAGAUAAUCAAGAUACGUUAAAUAUAACCAAGUAUGAUUUAUAUGGUUUAAUACAUCAUCGCGGUGUAUUGGGAGCUGGUCAUUAUAUCGCCUACGUAAAAAAUCCAAUAGAUGGUAAUUGGUAUGAAUAUGAUGAUACUUAUGUUACCAAAAAAUCCGCAGCAGAUAUAUCUCGUUUGGAAGCAUAUGCUUUGUUUUAUCAGAAGAAAAGUCCAGAGAAGGAUCAAGAACGUAAAGAAAUAUUAGCUAGAAUUUACAAAGAUUCUGGUGUCGAAAUUCCUUAUUUCAUUUCACGACUAUGGUUUAACAGAUGGCAAUUUACGACGACGCCUGGUCCUUUAACUAAUUAUGACUUUCUUUGUAAACAUGGAAGUAUAAAUCUAAAGCGAUACCCUAAAAUACGAAAUAUGGUGGUUAAAGUACCAUAUAGCGUUUAUACAACACUUGUUUAUAAAUAUGGCUCAGACGGCAGUCCUCCAUAUUUUUCAACUGAUCACGGAAUAUUGGGAUGUGUUAUUUGUGAGAAAGAAGAAAAAAUGUUGGAACAAAGACGUCAGAAAGAGUCUCUUGACAUUGGAAUGAUUGAUACCAAUACGAUAAAGCGUGGCGAAUAUUGGUUUUUAAUAAGUUCUAAAUGGCUUUCAAGUUGGCAUAAUUUUAAGUCCGGAGGACCUCCGCCCGGACCUAUAAAUAAUUAUUCUUUUCUUCAAGAAGAUGGAAGCCCAAAGCCCAGAAUGAAGAGAGGUGAUGAUUACAGAGGAGUGAAUGAAAGAGUCUGGAGCUACUUUGAACAUUCAUAUGGGGGAGGUCCAAUAUGCGUUAGAACGACUAUUGAUCUAUAUGCACCAAAUCCAUUAUCUUGGGAGAAUACGAAAUAUGGAAAUCAUAUGAGAUGUUAA